UUUAUGACUGUAAAAGGCUUCCAUAUUCUCAUUUGGCAAAGAGGAAGUUUACAUCACAUGUCACUAGCAGCCAAGCAGGAAAGACAUUGAACAUUGAAGAUGGAGAACAGUAAAUGGAAUUGAAGCUGCCAGGGUCUGAGGGAUCACAAAGUACCAGAGGAGGUAAUGUUCAUUAGGUAUGAAGAAUAAAGCUAGCCAGAAGCCAAUGAGGAUGCCAGACAGACAUGUGGACAGCAUUAGAGAUGUGACAUCACUAUCAGCGCUGGUUAGAUAUCUGUGCCUCCCCACUGAUCCUGCUAAUCUAGCAGUUCUAAGGAUUGCUUUUGGGAUUUUGAUGAUGGCUGAUAUACCCCAGGAGAGGGGGAUGUCCCACGCAGAUGUCAGGUGGGGCCGACAAGAUGUCUGCAGGUUCCCCCUCUUCUCGGCCCUCAAAGUGGCCCCACUGGAAUGGAUGUAUAUUAUCUAUCUCAUCAUGUUUAUAGGUGCCCUUGGCAUAACUUUAGGACUGUUUUAUCGUACCAGCUGUCUGCUGUUCUGUUCCACCUACUGGUAUAUAUUUCUUCUGGAUAAGACCGCAUGGAAUAAUCAUUCCUACUUGUAUGGCCUGAUGGGAAUUAUUUUAAUGGCUGUCGAUGCCAACAGAUGCUGGUCUUUGGAUGGUCUUCUCAAUAAUUCCAUGAACAACUCACAUGUACCCUGGUGGAAUUAUGUCAUCUGUAGAACUCAGAUUUUUCUUGUAUACUUUAUUGCUGGGUUGAAGAAGCUAGACUUAGAUUGGAUUUCUGGAUACUCCAUGCAGAGGUUGUCUAAAAACUGGGUGUUUGAUCCAUUCAGGUUGGUUUUGACAGAUGAGCAGAUAGACCUGUUUAUUGUACAUAUAGGAGGGCUCACUAUUGACUUGUCUGGAGGAAUCCUUCUCCUGUUUGAUAGAACUAGACCCCUCGCCAUCUUCUUUUUGUCAUCAUUCCAUCUCAUGAACUCAACAAUGUUUUCUAUAGGUAUGUUUCCAUAUGCCAUGCUUGCCACUCUGCCUUUAUUUUGUUCCGCGGAUUGGCCCAGAAAGAUUGUCCCUCGUCUGCCAAAAUGUCUUCAGAUGUUCAUAUCAACAGACUCGGAAAUCCAGCCUAGUUCACAUUGUAUAUAUAACAAAGAAGAUAUCAAGCCUGAGGAAGACGAACAGCAUAAAGGAACAGUUACUUCGUCCUGUAAAUCUCCCCCACCCACCUCUCCCUCACUAGUUCAUAAGCUGGGGGUAAUCUUUACAGUUCUCUAUAUUGGGGUACAGUUGUUCCUCCCAUACUCUCAUGGAAUUACAAAGGGUUACAAUAACUGGACCAAUGGUCUGUAUGGGUACUCCUGGGAUAUGAUGGUCCAUUCCUGGUCAACACAGCACAUAAGACUGUCCUACAGAGACAAGAUUUCAGGAAAAGAGGGAUUUCUGGACCCUACUGCUUUUGUUGAUAAAACAGGAAGGAGGUGGAGUAGUCAUGGCGAUAUGGUGGUUCAGUAUGCUCACUGUGUAGCAGACAUCUUACAGAAUUAUAAUAUGUCAGUGGAACUCUACUUUGACAUUUGGAAGUCAAUGAAUAACAGAUUCCAACAAAGAAUGUUUGAUCCCAGGGUAAAUGUUGUGGAUGUUGAGUGGUCUCCCUUUAGGGAAGUUUCCUUUGCAUUGCCUCUUCUGCUUGAUUUAUCUCCAUGGAGAUCCAAGCUUGCAGAGAUGGAAAAAGAGUUAAUAAACACAUCAAACUACACAGAUGUAGUUUUUGUGGCUGACUUUCCAGGUCUACAUUUGGAGGCUUUCAUACAAGAAGAUCUGGGUAAUACUAGUAUCACUCUUCUCUCAGGCAGUGUCAUAGUUGAAUUUGUAGACAAGAAAAAGAAUUUCAGCUUAAGCGUUGGAGACAAAAUUCAGGUACCCCCUGGAAAGUUUCACAAAGUUUACACUGUGUCUGAGGAACCUUCCUGUUACAUGUACAUCUACGUAAACACUACUCACGUAGAAAUUAUAGAAAAGGUGGAAAAAGUCGAAAAAAUAAUGAAUGAUAAAAAUAUUAGUGCAGCUGCAGCUGUCAAAAAGGGAAUGUCUAGACAUGACCCAUUUGUUGAAGAUGUGAAGCAAGAACUAGAAAGAAGGAAAAAAGAGGAAAUAAAGAAAACAAUACUGGAGAAAAUAAAGGAAUUCUUUACCAAGAAAGUUAGCCAUAUAAAUAGAAGCUGGACAUUUAUGUUGGGAGCUUUGGAAAGCAUAGUGUUUCGGACACCAUUCGAUGAUUUUUUGAAUAUGACGUACAACAAGGAGCAAGAAACUAAAUCAGUUUUACCAGAAACUGUGGAAAUAGUGUCUUAAAAGUACAUCUGUACUUACAUUUAUAAAUUCAUCUGAGCGAAAGUUCUAAAUUCAUGUACCGCAUUAAAAAAUAUCUUUACAUGUAUUUAUUAUCAUGUAUAAUUUAUUACAUGUUUCUUUCUUUUAUAAAAUUGAUCUUUGUUACUUGUGCCAAGUUUUAGCAAUGUAUUCAGUUAUUUUUUUAUUCAAAUGGGAUGACCUCAUUUGUAUAAUUUUUUUUUUCUCAUAAGCAGUCGAACUGUUUUACAUGUAUAUGAAUUAUGAUGUUAUUUUAGACAUACAUCUACAUUGUAUGUGUUUGAAAUCCAUGUAUUUAUAUUGUUAUUUUUUCGAUGUCAUUCAGUAUUUUGGUAGAGAAUGUGUACUAGGCUACUUGUUUAUCUUCAAUGACUGUCUCACUUUCUCCAGAAGUAUAAUAUUUAUUUUGCUUAUUUGUUGUCCAAUGUCUGUGUAUGCUUCCCUGUGACUUAUAUCUCUGUCUUUCCAUCCAGGAAUUCCAUUUUUCAAUAAAUUAUUUUUCAGUCAAUGCAUAUCUUAAUUAUUUUGAAAAUAUGUGCUUUUAUUUAAAUUCUUUCAAAUAAAUCUUGAAUUCAAAUUGUA